UCAGCCUCAUUCGUUACUACGGCGACGGAGAAAGAUGCCAGAACCGGCGAAGUCUGCCCCGAAGAAGGGCUCUAAGAAAGCGGUGACCAAGAGCACCGGAAAGGGCGGCAAGAAGAGGAAGAGGACCAGGAAGGAGAGCUACGCUAUCUACGUGUACAAGGUGUUGAAGCAGGUCCAUCCCGACACCGGUAUCUCGUCCAAAGCCAUGGGCAUCAUGAACUCCUUCGUCAGCGACAUCUUCGAGCGUAUCGCCGGUGAGGCCUCCCGCCUGGCUCACUACAACAAGCGCUCCACCAUCACCUCCAGGGAGAUCCAGACGGCCGUCAGGCUGCUGCUGCCCGGUGAGCUGGCCAAGCACGCCGUGUCUGAGGGUACCAAGGCCGUCACCAAGUACACCAGCUCCAAGUAAACAAAUUGAUUAUCUACAACACAACGGCUCUUUUAAGAGCCACACACCAUAUUGGCGGAGCUUUAGAUCCACUUCGAGCUGUGUCAGAACUGUGAUCUAUAGGACCAAAUGCUAAGUAGUUUCAUAUUCUCUUAA